UCCGUUCCACUAGAAAACGGGAAAUUUCUUUUAUUAUGGUGUUUGAAAAUACAGUAAAAUGUUACGUCUUAAACCAUUAGUGUAUUUAUAUCUCAAGAUUGUAGCAUAAUCAAUUCGAUUCUUAUCAACCGAAUAUCCUCCGAAGUCACUGGAUCCGUAGAAAGCUGAUGUUAGUUUAUGUACAGUUUCCCGCGUUUACUGUGGUAACAUGACUAUGUGCGUAGUGCACUUAACCUAACAUUAUCAGGAAACGUACGCGCUGGCUGUUUUUGUUGUUACUUCUGCCAACGGAGAACAGAGAUAUUUCUGUGUUUAGGGAAGAGAUGGCAGCGUUAACUGGGAGUUGCAUUUAUUUUAUUCAGCAUCAAUGUAGUGUCAGAGUUUAUUGGAAACUAGUUUUUUGAGUGUCACGUAAGCAGAAAAGAAAAUGGAGUUUAUGAUUCACCAGUAUUUUAGUACUUUUCUUUCAACCAUUAAAAUAAAUAGGAUUCAAGAACCUAAUGUAGUAUGCAGGUUAAUGGCUUGUUUGGGAAGUCAUACAGCUAAAUUUUGUAUUAGACAGCAAUGUAAAUAAUGCUUCAAAAUGAUGCAGAAAUGUACAGUUUAGGGUUAGUAGGAAAUGCAAGAUUCUGUAAUGGCCACACACAAGUGGCUGUUGGUAUGGCACCAAAGAAAGAUUAUAAAAUCAGAAAAGGCAAGAUGAUCCCUAAUAAGGACAAUAUACCAUCACCCACUUCACCAUCUUCAGAUGGAAAGUUGAAAUUUUCAGACAGAUUGAAAGCAUUAUUAAAUUCAGGAGGUGUCAAGGACGGUGACACUGAAUCAGAUGACCCUUACACAUUCAGUGAACCAGAGCCUCAAGUUCUGCGAUUGUAUCAGAAGGCAGAUGCUAGCAAUAUGUAUACAAAAAACUGUGUAUCGUUAAAACCUAAUUGUACUGAAGUCGAUGUCAAACCUGCUGAGCAGAACAUUGUUGGUGAAAUGAUUAAAAUUGAAGGUACUGAUGUGGCUAGGUUGUCACCAGCUGUGUCUAAGAGCAUUUUUCAGCCAAUUUCUGGGAGAAUUGUGCUUGACAACAGAGUGUCAGACGACGAAAGUUCAAAAACCAUGAACAGGUUGCAGGCAAAAAUAGCUCAGAAUAAAGUGAUAGGGAAACAUAAGAAAGUCCAUUCAUCUAGUCCUAGUCCGGAAUUGAAGAACGUUGUAAGGAAACGCCCGUCACCACCCAAAAACUGCUGGCAACCUGUUAAAGAAAGAAGCCUUCUGGAGGAACAAUUACUGGGUGUUAAUUCAGAUGUCGCUGUGAAGACGGAACCUCCUAGUCCUCCACUGUCUUCCUCUCCUCCCAAGUAUCAGAAACCUAGUGCCAGCCAAAAACAGUAUAUACCAAUUUCAGUUCAUUCGGUCAGGGUUGCUGUUCCACCUGCUCAACAAAGAAUUAGAAAAAGCAGGAGAAAACUUGAUGUCUCUUGCCAUGAAUCACUGCAGCGGAUACAGCACUUAAAAGAAAAAAUUAGAGAGUAUAACUGUGAUUUGUUUCCUUUAGGUGUAGAAGCAACAGAUAGUGAAGGAAGUGAAAUUGAAGAUGAGGAAGAUAGGGCAGUUUUUCAACGGCACUGGUUUUCAGUGAGUGUUGAGCAAGCAGCAACUGGACUAGGGGGACGUGAUGGCCGUCUUGCUCAAGUGCGUGCUGAAACGAGACGUCGAUUACGACAGAUAGUCCGUGGCUUACCAGAUACAGCUAUGCGAGUAAACAUGGGUUUGGAUAUGAACGGCAGCUGGGCAUUAGCAGAGGCUGUAUUAAAUGCAGCCAAGAAGUUUCCUACAAAAACUGCACAGAUACUAACAGGAAAAGAUGGUCAUCGUCAUAACAGGUCAAAAUUAACAAUGCUCGUGAAGCGGAGAUGCAGUUAUCGGAAAGGAGAAUCAGAAGCAUGCAAGAGUUUGGCACUUCCUUGUACUCAACACUGCCUGCGACAUAUCAUGUAUAAUGUUGAUCAGUUGUUGUAUGAGCAUUGUACAGCCAAAUUCUCAGACAAUACACAGUGUUGUGUUCCUGUUUUUGACAUAUGCCAUGAAUUACCAUUGUGUCCAGAACAUGCAAGGAAACGGGAUAAUUAUGAUCGGAUGUGUGCAGAGACAAGACCAAAAAAGAUCCGAAAAAAGGCAAAACCAUCAGCCAUGACUAGACCCAGUAAAAGAGGAAAGAAAAAGAGAAGACUGCACAGGCUGACAGACUCAACAUCUGCAGAGGAGAUAUCACCUCAAGCCACUGUUGUGUCAGACACGCCAGAUACAAAUGGUGGGGAAAGUUCGUCAGCCCCUGAGAGCAUGGAAAUGUGUGUUAAGGAAGAAGCAGUAAGAAAUUCAGUUCCACCAGAAACACACAUUGUUGAAGAAAACCAUGAACAAUCUGGUAUAGAGGUCGUUGAAGAAGUAGUGUUUUCAAUGGCAGAGGACUUUGCGGAUCCAGUGGAACUAGCAAACCAAGCUACACGACUGCUCGAAGAGCAUGACCUUACAAAUGUCCUCAACCAGAUUCCUGCAGAUGCAUUUAAUGACUUGUUCACUGAUAAAAAUGGCCAGUAUGAACCAACUAAAGAAGAAACAGAAGAACUGGAACGUGCUUUAGAAGCAGUGGACAAAGAUGUUAAAUCACUGGAAAGAUUAUCUCAAACACAUGGUUUAAUGGAACCAUAUAUAGAUGACAGUGCUCUGCAGACACUAGUUCAGUUGCCCGAAGUGACUGCGGGUUUGUCAGUUCCAGGUAUUGUGCCUGCUGUUUUCACUACGUAUCACAGUCAUAAUGGGUUUGUGGUAAAUUCUCAUCAUUCAGCUGCCGCAGUGCCCGACAUUAAAAAUCUUGGACCACAUCCAGUAGAAUCUCCUGGUCUAGUGUCACCGUGUAUAUCAAUUCAGACUCAGACUGACACACCAUCUUAGCAUGCAUCACAGCGUUUUUAUCAAGUGGUAUUGUGCUCAAGGUGGUAUUCAGUAUUUCGGAUUUUUGUUAAAUAUUGACGGUUUCAAAGUGGUGUGUGUGUGUGUGUGUGUGUGUGUGUGUGAGAGAGAGAGAGAGAGAGAGAGAGAGAGAGAGAGAGAGAGAGAGAGCAUGUGCACGCAUGUGUGCCUGCAUGUGCACAUGCACAUGAGUGCAUAUAUUUUGUGUGCGCGCGCAUGUGUUGAUGUCCAAAGUACACUGAAUAUGAAAUAAGUGGCAGCACUUGUCAGAGACGCUUGUGUGUGUAAGUUAGACGUGAUAAUUGCUACAGUAUUAUAGUUGUUAAAGUUGCAUAUGAAUCUUUUUUGUAUGUGUUUCCAUUGUAGUAAUGACUCCCUUGUGAGGUGAAAAUUGGUAUGAUGCUUUAAAAUAUUUUUUAUAAGAUUCACAGUUUCUGUUCUGUAGGUUUCAUGUGUGUAAAUAUCUUUUUAACUUAAUGCAUCACUAAGAAUAUUUUUCUUCUUUUUCACUACCAACACAGUUUUGUGUUACGAAUCUGCUUUUCAAUAUCUCUGUAUAUUCACAUAAUAUGUGAACAAAAAAUGACCCCUUCCGUAGUUCUUAUUUCUACCUGUGUAUAAUGCAUUGCAGAAGAAACAAAAAAGAAUGUAUUGCUAAUUCAUAUGACACAUUCAUUUGUUUAAUGGGUGGUAUACUUUUUGUACUAUUCGGGUUAGUCCAAGUAAGCUGUUUAUUUUGUAUUGAGUGUACUUUAUGAAAAACGGUGUUGUGCAGUUGUAUCUUGUGAUGAAUACUGUGUAGUGUUAUGAUAACAGUGCAAAUUUUAGAAACAAAAUAUUGUAGCCAGAGCAGUUCACCAAACAGUAUCUUGGAGACAUGCAUGUCAUUGUUAUAUUGCUGUUGAAAAUAGUCUUUUGUUUAUACUCAGGGAGGGUGAAACUAAUUGCAUUUAUUCCAUGUGUGUCUGUCUAUGUGUGUGCGUGUCUCACUUGCAUCAUGUGAUUAAUUAACAGUUUCUUGAUUUGCCCUUCCCUGUACAACUAAAGCUCAGAUUUGAGUGCUGCGGAGGUACUUUUUUCCAGAUUAUAGAGCAUGCCUCAUGACUUCCAUGACUGACUCCACAGUUAACUGUUGAACCAUUACAAUGGUUUGAAUUUUUUAUAUGAAUGGAUGAAUAAGGGCCACAAUAAUAGUUGAAAUACUACAGUUGUUUCAGCAACACUUCAGUAAAGUGGGGAAUUCACAAAUUUCUGUAGUUCUUUACUUUUUUUUUUUGCCUGUUGGAUUAAUAGCACUCCAAAAAUUUGUCAAUGCUUACUUUUCACUUUCUUCUUUGCUUGUAAUAAUAUGUGCAUUAUUUGCUCUACUGCAUUUUCGCCAGGGAUAUGCCAUUUCUGUUGUAAAAACGGCAUUCUGAAAUUUGUAAGGACAUUAUUCAUUGAUUUUUUAGCAGUCACAGAACUUUAUUUUUUUGUGUAUUCUCCUUAAUUUCAUGUGUUCUUGUUCAUUCAAAAUUGAGUAGAGUAUGCUCUGCUUCAUUUGGGAAGACUGGUAGUUGAAUCACUUGUGUACCUGAUAUUUAAUAUUUGUUUAGUGUUUCACAUCUUAAGGUUUUGUUGGAAAUAAUAUUGCACAUUUCAUUUAUUUUGUUUCUCACAUUGCUGAAACAUUUACGCUAAUGCUGUGUAUUAAUAAGUUUGUUGAGAGCAAGUUUGAAUAUCUUGAGUCCCAGCAUGCUUCCUGUUUUGUAGCCUUUUAAAUUAUUUUUUAAUGUUGUAUAGUAAAGAUAAUGUGAAAAUAAAAUCUACUUCAGUGAUACAGGCUUUUGUCAUAAUGAUUUACGGUUGUUUUGUUACUCAGGUGAAACAAGGGGUAGAGUUAUUGAUUCAGAGCAGAACAUUUAUGAAAAAUAGAUGUACAUUCCACUGGUAAACUUAACACUUUUGCAGAACGUUUAUAAAGUAUCUAGAUUUGCAUAAACAGUUAUAAAUGAGGGGUUCCAUCCUCUGACUGUAGGCAGCACACAACAGCGAAUAAUACGUAGUGGUAUUAGAUCAUAAUUUUAAUCUCAGGAAGAAAAAUGUGCUGAAGAGUCCCUUAAAUAAACAAGAAUCAGUUUUCUCUUGUAUAUUUGUACUCAUUCUCUUAAACUGUUGGAAGUCAGGAGGUUCAUAUAUAUAUAUAUUUAUUAAACUAUAGAGUAGCAUGUACAUUUCAGGUUGUGUCUGGCACAUAUAAAAAGAUGGAUGCAUUCUCUAUGUUUAGCAUUUAUUUCAUCACACAUAAGUCACUCAUAAUCAUUUUUACUAUGUACCUGCUGUGUAAGGAAUUAGCUGAUCUGAUUAUCAAAGAAAUCUGUUUACGAAAAGUUAUUGAAUCUUUAACACUUUUCCUUGCUUUAUGGUUGUCGGGCAUGUGCUGUUCACAGUUUUACAUUAUGAGAAUACCGUAGAGAAUUUUAAUGUGAAAUGAAGAGAGAGCAGUAUUUUCAUACUUUUAAUUAGAAGUUCUAAAUUACAAAAAUUUUUAAAUGUAUUGCACUGUCACGAAAUGUGAUGUAUAUUCCAGAUAAAUGUAAAAUAAGCAGACACUGUACAGAUUUUGUAAUAAAUACUACGUUAAAUGAAUACACACACUCAUAACAUGAAUACACAAACUUGUUGUCUCAAUGGGACCAAGGCACAUCACUUUAAAUUUGUCAUUCAAGUUUAUUACACAGAAUCAUCCAUGUCUAGUUGAUAUAAAGCCUGACAACUAUUAAGCAAGUCAUUCUGCAUUUAGACACAAUAAACAGUGAAAUAUUAAGAGCAAAGUGGUGUUCUUUGAUCUCAUAUCAGCUUACUGAAAAUUUUUGUUACCAUAUAGUAAUUCAUCCCUAGUGACAUUGACUGAUGUAGCACAUCAUUGUGGUUGAUCGUAAAAACUUCAGUAACUAAGUGAGGUCUAGGAUAAAUGCUAAGUGUUGUUCUUUUGUGUGUGUGUGUGUGUGUGUGUGUGUGUGUGUGUGUGUGUGUGUUUGUUUGUAAAAACAAGUAUUAACAAGAAGCAAUGCCUGUCAAAAAGAAAUGUGUUCGAAAGUGAAAUGUAUCUUAUAGACAGCUUUUGCUUAAAUGUGUUGUAAAGUUGGAACAGCACUAAAUGUGUUUAGGGUAAAUGAAAGUGCAAUACAUACUUGAGAAAACCAACAAAAAAUUAUAUAUAUAAACUGUAAUUCGUUGAAACACUUGUUGCCGUUGUGUACGUCUCAUAAUGUGUAUGCCAUUUCUUUUUUGUAGUGUAAUUAAAAUAGUUUUUUGAUAUACUUGGACUGACUGACAGUGAAAAUGUAUAAUUGUAAUUUUGAAUACAUAUUUUGUCCCAAAUUGUAGUGAAAUUGAUUUUGAUAUUUUCCUCUUACCUUUGAAACAAACUGGUAAUUGUUGUUGAUUAUUUGAAAGUUCCUAUUAAAGUAGUAGUUUUGUAAUAUUUUGUAAAAUAUGUGCUUUUUUUUUAAAUAUUUGCUACUCCAUGACUCAUAUACUGAAACAGUGUGUUGUCUCAUGCCUGAGAUGAAGUUGAAGAAACUACAGUGUAUGUGACAGGAAAAUUGUUAAGGUUUACAGCCAAUUAUGCGUAAGUGAUAUUUACGUGAUGGACACUUUGGCUUCAGAAAAAAACUGAAUAACGGUGUGGCUAUUUUUCUACUAAAAAGACACAUAACUAAAUGUCACCAUACAGCCAUAUUUCGCACAUAAAAUGCUUGGUGUGUAGUGAAUAAAACAGUGUCGUCUCCAGGAAAUUUUGUUGGAAAUAUCCUGUUCUUACUUUGAGUACUUUAAGCAAAGUCUUCCACAUAACCAUUAAAUUCUUCAUGUAAUUUAAUAUUCUGACUGGAAGAUGUCUAUUUUCGUAUUGAUGGAACUAAUACUGUAGCAGUUCGUUGCUAUUAUUGUUUCAUUCGUAAGUUCUGUCA